CCCUAGGCGUCCCGCCGGCAGAAACGCGGGAACUGUCGGGCCCUGGGGUAGGGUCGCCCGCUGGCGGAGUCUCGGUGAUUGCUAGAGUCAGCCCUGCCUUCUGCUUUCCAAGGAGCCUUUCCCCCUAGGGCGGGGCGAUGCCGGGGAACCGGCUGCCGAGGGUCCGCUCAGGGAACGAGCCUCAUCCCGCGCCCUCCAUGGAGCCGGCGGGUCGCGGGGCCUGGGCCCACAGCCGCGCCGCGCUCGCCCGGCUGGAGAAGCUGCUGCGCUGCUCGCGUUGCACUGAUAUUCUGAGGGAGCCUGUGUGUUUAGGAGGAUGUGAGCACAUCUUCUGUAGUAAUUGUAUAAGUGACUGCUUUGGAACCGGAUGUCCAGUGUGUUACACCCCCGCUUGGAUACAAGAUGUGAAGAUAAACAGACAGUUGGACAGCAUGAUCCAGCUUUGUAGUAAGCUUCGAAACUUGCUGCAUGACGCUGAUUCUUCAGAUUUGAAAGAAGAAACAUCUAGAAAAAGUUUAUUUAGUGAUGCAGAGUAUAAGAAGAAUUCAAUAAAAAUGUGGUUUAGUCCUCGAAGUAAGAAGGUCAGGUAUGUUGUGAGUAAAGUUUCGGUGCAAACCCAGCCUCCUAUGAUAAAUGAUGAAAAUGCCCAGCAGGCCUCCCUGUAUGAGUUUGUCUCUACAAGCCCUCCAGUGGAUGUUUCUGAGAGGGCUAAGAAGGCUUCCACAAGAUGUAGAAAAAAACAGAAAAAGAAGACUUUAGCUGAAAUCAACCAGAAAUGGAAUUUAGAGGCAGAAAAAGAAGAUGGUAAACUGGACUCCAAAGAGGAGUUUAAGGAAAAACUGGUGUCCUUCUGUAGCCAGCCAUCUGUUAUUGCUAGUCCGCAGAUGAAUGGCGAAAUAGACUUACUAGCCAGCGGCUCUGUAACAGAAUCUGAAUGUUUGGGAAGCUUCACCGAAGUCUCUUUACCGCUGGCUGAGCAUAUAGAGUCUCCAGAAAUGGAGAGCAAGAAUGAAGCAGUGACUCCUGAGAAGACUCUCUGUGAAAAUGUCUUAGAUGAAUCUAAGAAAUCCUUGCCAUCACGUCGUAAUGGGAACCGUGGGUGCCGCAGCCGACUUACCAGUCCCGUUUCUAAAAGAUGUAGGAACAGCAUUCCGAGCACCAGCGGAAAUUCUGUUAAGCAAACAGUGCUCUCCGAAAAUGUGCCAUCGCCUGGAUGUUCUUCACCACCUUCAAACAAGCUUAAACGUGGUGCCACAUUAAGGAGGAAAACCAGUAAUAUAUUAGAUGAAUCCAUUAGCCUUUCACCAGGUACGCCCCCUUCUACACUGAAUAGUCCAAGUUACAGACGAAUGAUGUCCAGCCCCUCAGCAGUGAAGCUGUCACCCAGUAGCCUUACGGCUGUGAAAAGAAAUCAUCGCGGGGAGACUUUGCUCCAUAUCGCCUCAAUUAAGGGCGACGUACCUUCUGUUGAAUACCUCUUAGGGAAUGGAAGCGACCCGAAUGUUAAAGACCACGCUGGAUGGACGCCAUUGCACGAAGCCUGCAAUCAUGGGCACCUGAAGGUAGUGGAGUUGUUGCUCCAGCACAAGGCUUUGGUGAACACCACCGGGUAUCAGAACGACUCGCCCCUUCAUGAUGCAGUGAAGAAUGGGCACAUGGAUAUAGUCAAGCUGUUACUUUCCUACGGAGCCUCCAGGAAUGCUGUUAACAUAUUUGGUCUGCGGCCUGUGGAUUAUACAGACAGUGAAAAUAUGAAAUCACUAUUGCUGCUGCCAGAGAAAGAUGAAUCAUCAUCAACCAGCCAUUGCUCAGCAGGAAACACUGGUCAGCGCAGGGAUGGACCUCUUGUACUUAUAGGCAGUGGGCUCUCUUCAGAACAACAGAAAAUGCUCAGUGAGCUUGCAGCAAUGCUUAAGGCUAAAAAGUGUGCUGAGUUUGACAGUGCAGUAACGCAUGUCGUUGUUCCUGGUGAUACAGUUCAAAGCACCCUGAAAUGUAUGCUUGGGAUUCUCAGUGGAUGCUGGAUUCUAAAAUUUGAAUGGGUGAAAGCUUGUCUACAGAGAAAAAAAUGUGAGCAGGAAGAAAAGUAUGAAAUUCCUGAAGGGCCAAGGAGAAGCAGGCUCAACAGAGAACAGCUGUUGCCAAAGCUGUUUGAUGGAUGCUACUUCUAUUUUGGGGGAACCUUCAAACACCAUCCAAAGGACAACCUUAUUAAGCUUGUCACUGCAGCUGGGGGCCAGAUCCUCAGUAGAAAGCCCAAGCCAGACAGUGAUGUGACUCAAACCAUCAAUACAGUCGCAUACCAUGCCAAACCUGAUUCUGAUCAGCGCUUCUGCACGCAGUAUAUCAUCUAUGAGGAUUUGUCUAAUCAUCGCCCAGAGAGAGUUCGGCAGGGCAAAGUCUGGAUGGCUCCUUCCAGCUGGUUUAUAGAUUGUGUGAUGUCCUUUGAGCUGCUCCCUCUUGACAGCUGAAUGCUACACCAGAUGAACAUUUUAAACUGAACCCACAGAGUGUGAGAACCCAGUGAUUGCAUUGUUUUGAUCACUCACAUUUUUACAAAUAGGUAGACUCAUUCAUGUACUCUUUUCCCUUGAAUUAAAAAAACAAAAACAAAAACUGUAUGCCAGAUUAGGAAUUCAUACUCUCUUUACCAUUUAGAUGCUGAGAUUGCUUUAAAGGAUUUUUCAUUUUAAAACUGGCAUGUAUUUAUCAUGUCUUUCUAUUCAUGUAAUCAGCUAUCAAAGAUAAAUGAGAGGGUAUCAGAACUGUUGGUUAAAUAUAAAAGUGGUAUCAUUAUGUCUCAACCUUUUAAUGUUCUUUGAUGAAAAAAAUCCACACCCAUGACCAGCAAAAAUACUACCUUCCUUUAGUUAGCAAAAACUAUUGUCAAGUAAUUUAUUCAGGCUUUAUUAUAAUGAAAAAACAUUACUUAGUCUAAAUGUGCCUCCAUAGGUGUUUAAUUUUUCUCCCGUCUAGAGUUGUGUUUAUUUAGCUACUUAUAAUUACUUGGAUGUCUGUUCCUACAUUUUUAUCCUAUUAAAAAAAAAAAUCUUGUCUGUUAA